AUGCUUCCAGAGAAUAUUAAAUAUGCUGUGGACACUAUGUUUACAGAUCCGCGCCACAACAGACAUCUUUCUGUUGGUGAUAAUCUGCGCAUUCCCUGUAAUAUAGAGAGUCUGGUUUACCUUCGAACGACUUCCACCGAUUCCGAGGCUUACAACAUCGAUCCAGGCCUCCUUUCAGGACCUGAAGAGAGCGACCAAUCCGAUGACGAAAACGAUGUUGGCACAGCCAAUGUUUCUCACCAAAACCUUACUUGUCGUAUUCACAAUGCUGAUGACACAAUCAUGGCGGACGCUGUGGACAGAGAAUCCUCCCCUCUGACAGAACUUUCUGAAAGCAACACGGAGAUCAACACUGGCUUCGAAAAUGCCUACUCCGACUUAUUCUAUGGUCCAUUAACUCCGCUAUCUUCCUCCGAAGAAGAUGACUACGCCUCGCCCAUAACUAGCAACCAGUACUUCUUAGACAUCGACCCACCUUCUAACGUUAUCACUACUGGUCCACCUCGUGAAGCUGUCUCUGACAAUAACCCAUAUACACACCACAUAAUCAGAAUCAGCUUCGGGGAACCUGGCAAAAAACAUGAUUGGGCCAAAGACGCUUCUGAGUUGUCAGGACUAGCGGGUAAGGAUAAGAAGCGCACGCGCAAUAAAAUUCGUAACUGGACUCGGCGACAUGAACACCUUCUACAACGUGGUGUCAAGACUUAUGCUGCCACUGGAACAUCAUUUUCUAUACGCAAUCUGUCGUUUUCUUCCACAGGCUGGGCAGGAAGGCCUUUUAAUGGCGAACUUGCUACGCAAAUCAAAACCCAAUGGCCAGCGGGCCUUGCCAGCUUGCUAACAGACGCUGUCCGCAUUCCAUUUGCUGACAAUGAGCAGCGACCAACCCGAAUACUGGACCGGGAAGGCAGACUUGUCAUCUACCGGUCUACCAUCUACCCCUGGGUAGACAUGGAACGUUUCAUAGCAGCUGCCAAUGUCUUUGUACAAUGCUGCAGCCCAUUCACGGAAGCUGAUACCAUGACCAAUGUGCCUAAAUUAUCUCCAUGGCAUGUUUGCAACUCAGCCUUGAUAGAGGAAUUUUUUGCCAAAGAGAAGGUGCUUGUUCAAUGGUACGACUCGAGUUUCCCGGUAUAUUCCGAUGAUUCAGCAACUAAAUACAAGAAAUGGAAGGUCAAAGUCGAAGCAAAGUUUGGAAUUUUCUUCAACUUUUGCCUCAACCACUCUCGUCGCGGGCAAGGAGUAUGUCGAGUGCAAUGUUGGCCUCAUGUUGACAAGGUGAACUUGGCAAUUGGAAAAUUUGACCAUCGACAAUUCUGCUGGCUUGUCAUAUGGGAAGCUGGGCCCAUUAUCUUUCAGCUACCACCUGGCGUGUUUCUUGUGUAUCCAUCAUCUCUGUUUUACCAUUUUAACAUUGACAUCCAACAUCUGGACAACCACAUUGUUACCACAAAGGAUGGUGCACGUCCUACUCCAGAUACCGCGGAAUCUUUGUGGGCAGCAGAUGAAGACCGUGGUUCUUGUGUUUGGUUCAAUCAAGCCACCAUGUUUCAAUCUUCUGAGCUGAAUAUCACCACAAUGAAGGCGGCGAAAAAGGCGAAAAAAAACUUAAAGUUCGAUGUAGACAGCCAUCUAAGUCUCUUCUCAGAGCAUGGCACGUAA